CUAUGCUCAAAAUGUCUUUUACGGAUUCGUAGUGAUGGUGGCUGGCUUCCUUGCAAACGAAGCGUCGUAAAUUACAUCUUAUUUGUAAAUUUUAAUAAAAAUUUGAUCGUUAAACGAUCGAAUCAGUAGUGAUUUAAGUGCUCAAGCAGUUUCACAUCCAAUCGACAAUGAGUUCGAGUGUAUGCUACAAGUGUAACCGGACAGGGCACUUUGCCCGCGAGUGCACCCAGGGUGGUGUUGCUGCUCGUGACUCUGGUUUCAACCGUCAGCGCGAAAAGUGCUUCAAGUGCAACCGCGCUGGGCACUUCGCACGGGAUUGCAAGGAGGAGGCCGACCGUUGCUACAGAUGUAACGGCACGGGACACAUAGCGCGUGAGUGCGCGCAAAGUCCGGACGAGCCGUCGUGUUACACUUGCAACAAGACCGGGCACAUCGCACGGAACUGCCCAGAGGGCGGGCGCGACAGCUCCAACCAGACCUGCUACAACUGCAACAAGUCCGGCCACAUCUCACGCAACUGCCCCGACGGCACCAAGACUUGUUACGUGUGCGGAAAGCCCGGACACAUCUCCCGCGAUUGCGAAGAGGAGCGGAACUAACAUACGCCUCUUCGCGACUGCCUAUAUAUAAAAUAAACUAUGUAUAUUAUGAUGCCACGCACGGACGAUAAGCAAAGGACGCGAUACGCGACACUAGAUCGUAAGACCACACGACUGUAUGAAAUUAAUGCAACGGAAUUAUAAAUCAGAUGCAGCAGCGGUAUUCUCGUGACAGACUGAGGUGUAUGAUUUUUAAAAUGUUGACUUGUAUAUAGGUCUCCCCGCCGCGCGAGCGCCGGCGCCGCUCGUCGAUAAGUACGUUAAUGUUUGUUCUUGCACGACGUGAACGAGUUAUUGUGUUUUAAAUCAUUUAAUAAUCGUGAUUGAACUAUUGAGGAGGUAGCGUUACAGUUUUUAGCAUUACAGAGUAUAUAUUUAAUAUAUUUUGUACAGAUUUUUUUGACAAAAGAUAAAUUGGAUGCUGGCGUAUAAUGAGUUUUCAAUGUGAAGAGUGGAGGCCCCGGAGCGACCCGAACCCCUACUGGACUCUCUUGUUCGUCUUGGUAUACAGUAUACGUUGAUCUUACGCGAUCGUAAUGCGAUCUGACGAGUCUCAAUCUUACAUCCUAUCACUUCGCGUGAUUUAUUUUUAUUGAUCAAUUCCUUUGUUUAUGAGAUCCUGCAAACUUGUGGAGAAUUCAGUGGUUAAUUAGAGUUUCAUCAAUCAAAACAUUUUUUAUUUUGUUAUCCCUGUCAAUGUGCCUCUCUGUAACACUGAAAUGUAUAAUGAUACUCGAUUUACAGUAGUGGGAGAUGAUUUAUUAAUAAAAUCUUGCCUUAUUA